AUGCCCUCCCUUCCCCCGCCUCGCCCUCCAAACCCCUCCUCCUUCCGCGUCGCCACCUCCUCCCACCCGCGCUCUCAUCAAACCGACACCUCCGACCUCUCGACCUUCCAAUCCUCCUUCCUCUCGCGCGCACUUUCAACCGCCGGCCCCUCCUCCCUCGCUCUCAAACUCUCCUGGAUCGAGCGCCUCACGAACCCUGCUGGAGUCGCGGUGGAGGAACUGAGAGAAGCGGCGGCGGUGUUGGAUCGCGCGAGUUGGGAGGACUUGGUGGAAGAACGAUGGAUGGAGGGUCGGUGUCCGUACCCUACUUGCUCUCGACCAGCAGGGGAGGCCUACCGACUCCCUGCGGAGCGCGAGCAGGACUCGAAGCGACUCAAGUUCCGUCUGCACGCGAACGGGUUGUUCGAGGCGCCUAGAAGGGAGGAAGGGAAGGGUGCGUAUUGUUCGGCGGAAUGUAGGGCUCGGAGCGAGUGGUAUGCGGGUUUGGUGGGGAGGGGGAAGAGCGCGGAGGGGGAGAUGCUGGAGGAUGUGGAGGAGAGGAGGAGGGAGGUUGUGAAUUCUACGGAGGAGUUGGUGAGGCAGAGGCAGGCGGAGGAGGCGAAGUUGGGCCCCGGGAAGGGGAAAGCGAAGGAAGAGGAGCCGAGGGGGAAAACGGACGACUUUCGACAAGACCUCCUCUCGUCGCUCACGAUCCGCGAACACGACCCGUCUUCGACUGCAGUACCUCUCCCACCCUCACUCGACGCUCCGGUACAAGACUUUGAGCGACCACGACGAGUCGAGCCUCCUUCUUCCUCCUCCUCGAAACCCUCACGCUCAACUCGCUUCCCCGCCUCUCCCGCUCCUCGAUCCGGCUCGUCGUCCGCCACGACAUCCUCCUCCACCGGCUCAUCCCUCCUCCCAUUCUCCACAACCCGACUAAGCAAAUCAGUCCUCUCGUCCCUCCCGCCCGCUCCUCCUGCACGUCCUCCAAACGGCCUACCACCAAUUCGGUUCCUUGGCGUCCCCCGGACGGUUGACGACGACUCCCUCGCCGAAUUCGAGGAGGAGGAGAACGACGAGGUUAGAAAGAUGGUUGAGGAAGGGUUGAGGGAGCGGAAUGAGGCGAGGAGGAGGGGGGAGAUCGAGUAG